GACACAUAAUAGAAAUGUUACCGGUUCUAAACGUCGUGGGGAACGCACUGGUGCUUUUGUACCCCCACGUACGAUGAUUGAGGAGGAGACAGAGACAGAGGCCGAGUAGGAGAUGGAUGCAUAUAUGCAUCCGCAGGAGUACGAGUACGAUCCACAACUACGCUUUCAGCAGAAGUAUCAGUUUCCGGUGCCGGAUUUUCCAUCCGAUGACGAUUACGAGGAUGUUCCGACUCCGACUCCGCCUCCUGUCCCGAUGGGUGGUACUUUCGGUGGUUCUAAUCCUGUCUCGAGGUCCCGCACCGCUCCGAGAAAAAAACUUCCUUCUCGACCUUGGAUGUUGACCGGUGAGACACCUGGUGGACCUAAAUACGCUCACUUGAUUCCAAGUUUUGGAGCACAUAUUGCCUACGACAUUUGGGAGGGAAAGGGUCGACAUAUGGUUAAAUUACGGUCGCACGCGAAGUGUACUUGGCCGGGCCCCGACGACGAUGAUUGUGUCUCACUAUUGGAGAGUACCGGCUUGUAUCACUUGCGUGAUUGUUCGCUGCCUCAGCACAAUAACCCACUCAUAGAGGCUUUUAUUGAGAGGUGGCAGCCGGACACCAACAGUUUUCACAUGCCAUUCGGUGAGAUGACAAUUACCCUGCACGACGUGCAUUACAUCAUGGGUUUGCGAGUUAGUGGAACUCGCCCUAACGUUUGGAUGGAUAAGGCCGACGCGAUCCAGCUUGGUGCGAGAGCUUUCGGGGUCGCACCCGAACUUAUGGAGCAGUGGUGGUAUGGUGGCGGACCCCGGUUAGAUGAUUUGGAGGUGAAGUAUGGCGACAAUUCUACAUUUCCUUCCGCGUAUCGGGUACGAGCAUAUAUCGCAUACUCCGCUCCCGAAAGUUGUUGUUCGUGGAUAAGAGUGGAUCGAAGUUGGGCAUGGCUACGCGAGCUGAGGCGGUGCAGAUUGCUGGAUGUCUGA